CGGAGAAACGCAUUUCUUUGCUUCGGCUUGCACACGCCAUGGCGGAGCCCGUCCAGCAGCCCCCUCAACCCAGCGGCGGGAAGCGCAAAGGAAAGGCUCAGUACGUGCAGGCCAAGCGGGCUCGGCGCUGUGACGCCGGCGGGCCGCGGCAGCUGGAGCCCGGGCUGCAGGGCAUCCUCAUCACGUGCAACAUGAACGAGCGCAAGUGCGUGGAGGAGGCCUACAGCCUGCUCAACGAAUACGGCGACGACAUGUACGGGCCCGAAAAGUUUACAGACAAGGAUCAGCAGCCCUCUGGAAGUGAGGGAGAGGAUGAUGAUGUGGAAGCUGCCUUGAAGAAAGAAGUUGGUGACAUUAAAGCUUCGACAGAGAUGAGGCUAAGAAGAUUCCAGUCAGUGGAGAGCGGAGCGAAUAAUGUAGUCUUCAUCAGAACACUUGGGAUAGAACCUGAGAAAUUGGUGCAUCAUAUUCUCCAGGAUAUGUAUAAAACCAAGAAAAAGAAGACUCGAGUUAUUCUACGAAUGUUACCCAUCUCAGGCACGUGCAAAGCUUUCUUAGAAGAUAUGAAAAAAUAUGCAGAAACAUUUUUGGAACCCUGGUUUAAAGCUCCAAACAAAGGGACAUUUCAGAUUGUUUACAAAUCUCGAAAUAACAGUCACAUGAAUAGAGAAGAAGUUAUCAAAGAGCUGGCAGGAAUAGUGGGCAGCCUUAAUUCAGAAAAUAAAGUGGAUCUCACCAAUCCCCAGUACACGGUGGUAGUAGAAAUCAUCAAAGCUGUCUGUUGCCUGAGUGUUGUGAAAGAUUACAUGUUGUUCAGAAAGUAUAAUCUCCAGGAGGUGGUGAAGAGUGCUAAAGACCCAUCCCAGCCUCACCCAAAGCUAGGAAAUGGGAAAGAAGUGAAAUUGGAAUCUGAUGUCAAAUUAAAUCAAAAUGACCCCUCAGAAGGGAAAAAUAACCAGCAGGUGGUACCAGAGAAUAAUGAGGAGCCAGGGCAAACAAAACCCAAGCCUGAGUCACAAGUGGUGAAUGAGGAAGGAGCUAAACCUGAACUUGCAGAUCAAGUCAUGGAAGGAUCCAAGUCAAAUGAAAAUGACCACUCGUAGGAGGAGGUGGGUUUCUCAGUGAGGUUCUGUGAGAUGCUACCAGGGUUCCAUGUGAAAUUAUAAUAUUUGAUGUUGUGCUGCAGAGUGCUAAUCUCACAGUAUCAACAGUGACCCCUCAGCCCUGUUAGCAGUUUUGUCAGAGCACUUUCAGCCCCCUUGGUGUGAGUAUGGGCCCACCUGCUGUCACACAGGGAGGGGGUGGGAGAAAGGUGUGGGCUCCUCCCUUCUUCUCUUCCCAGCCUCCCUAUAUGCACUGCCAGUUGUUUUAUGGAGUGAAUAUGCUCUGAGAAACAGAAAUCAGAGGGAAGUUUUCCUUCUAAGCAAGGAAUUUUUUUGUGCCACAACUAAGCUAUCCCCUGCCAUUUUGUUCUAAACAUUGCAAAAAUGUGGAUUUUGUAGAUUGGAAGUGAAUUGUUUUGUGAUUGUUUUAUAGUUUUGUCUUUCUUGUUUAGUUAUUAUGUCAUUUUUAUCUUUGAAUGUUUGCUUGCUGUGAACAAGUAUUAUGGUCAUUGCUGCAGUUUUUGAAGGCAAGGUGGUGAGAUACAAGAGGACCAUUCCAGACCUAUACCCACAGACAUUUCUGAUAAAGUUGGUGAUAAGGAAUCAUCAUCUCCUAAUACAACAGACAAACAAAGAGAUUCUGUCACUCCAGUGAAAGCUCCUCCAGGGUGAUAUGGAUCUGUGAGCCAAGCUGUCCUCCCAGUGGGCAUUGUCUGUGGCAUGCAUCUUACUAGCAGUUAACUCCAGCAGUUGUAACUAAAUCAUUUGCAAGGAUAUUGGUUAGUUUAACGGCUUUUGGAAUAUCAAAAACAGUAAAACUUUUGUUUUAAAAAAAAUCACACUCAGUGAAAAGGUUUAGGAAGCAAAUUAUUUAGUAGCAGACUGUAUCCCAGAAAAGAAAAAAUUAUGUAGUUGGUGAAAAUGUAACAAUAUCAACAUUACAGUGCUGGGGCAAGUAUAAGAAAUAGAAAUGACUUUUCUCUUAGUUUUUAGUGAUAUGUCACAUGAGGUAAAGAGGUUUUGUGUAGUUAACUGAGAAACAGCAACCUCUACCUGGGUUGAGUCAACAGAUUUCACAAAUAUUUGUUUUGCUGUAGCAUUUAUAAGGUUUCUAAAUAUUGAUGAAAAUAAAUGAACUUUUUUUUUUCCCCUGCUACUAGAAGUCUCUUAAAACAAAGGCCAAUAUAUCUUUAAGUUAUAUCAUUAUACCUAAAAAAACGAAGGUCUGUCAUCUGUACUAGUGCCCCAUGUUUGGUGCUUGGCUCCGUGAGAGUUAUGCCUCAUUUCAAAAAAGAAAUCCUGAUGUUGGCAAUACAGUACAGUGCUUUCUUCACAGAGGUGCUGAUAUCAACAACGUGGAGAUGAAGAAAAUUCUCAAUAAUGCUACAAAAAUGGUUAAUUUAUUAUUAAAGAUCCAUUUAUGCCAAGAAUGUUAAGCAAAUCCCCAACUAAAACUUGGGACAAAGAGCACAUGUAUCUUAUACAACCUACAGAAACCUGGUGGCUUAUCAGAAGAAGAGUUUAUAAAGAAUGUUUGAGUGGAAAAGUGAAUUACUAGGGCACUUACAAGAAAAUAGGGCAGGUCUUGCUGAGUGCUUUCAAAAUGAAGAAUGGCAGUAGAAAGCCUAUUUAGCAGAAAUUGCUAUUGCAUAUGUAAUGAAAAAGUUUCUGCAAGAUCCUAGAGAAAAAGUUUUUUCUUAAAGUGAUAAGAAUCCAAGAUUUAGAAGGAAACUUAACUCUGGAAAAGUAAUUUUAAAGAGUUGCCAAAGGAACUCUUGAAAUGUCUCUCAGCAACUUGUACUUUAUAAUGAAGAAUGCAAACAUUACAAGUCUUCUGCCUAGAAGGAAUGCAAAACCAAAGUAAGUAGUGUCUCUUCUCCUGUUUCCACUCUGAAGGAAGAGAAAGAACUCCACUCUGGUCUUUCAGCUCAAGACUUGUUUGAAAUAAGAGCAUCCUUCAACUUAGUGCUCACACUCAUGCCAUGAGGUAUUUCCGCAGGGGUUACCUGAAUUUGAAAAUGUCUUCAAGGGUCCCUCCCAGGUAAAGUGAUUGAAAAAGGGUGGAAGACACUUAGGAGCAGUAUAAAAUAAAUUGUGUAGAUUGAGAACA